UCUCUCUUUAAAAUGGCUUCUCUCUCAUUCACCUCCGUUACUCCUCCAUUACUUGUCCUCCUCUCCUGCCUCCUCUCCGUCGCGCACGCCGUUACGUGCUACCAAAAAGACAAAACUGCCCUACUCGAGUUCAAGAAAUCCCUAAACAACCCCUACCACCUCGCCUCGUGGGAUCCGAACACGGACUGUUGUGACUGGUAUUGUGUCACAUGCGACGUCGACACGGGCCGUGUCUCCGAGCUCGCUAUCUUCGCCGGAAAUGUGACCGGAACAAUCCCCGAUUCGAUCGGAGAACUCACCGCUUUAACCGAGCUCACCCUGAGAAAACUCGACCUCUAUGGCGAAAUUUCGCCGAAAAUCGGGCUCCUUAGAAACCUGACCUCUCUCCGCCUCGACUGGAACCGAUUUUCAGGCCAAGUACCGGAAUGGCUGAGCGAGCUAAACCGCUUGACAUUUCUCGAUCUCGCUUUUAAUCAAUUUUCAGGAAAUAUUCCUGCCACUUUAUCGCAACUUCCUAACCUUGUGGCACUUCACCUCGACAGGAAUCAACUCUCAGGCGAGAUUCCGGCGAGUUUCGGUGGGUUCCGCGGAAAGACCCCUUCCCUCUAUCUCUCGCAUAACAGGCUUUCGGGUCUGGUGCCAAAAUCUCUUGGUUCGAUUGAUUUCGACGUGAUCGAUAUUUCACGAAAUUUAUUGGAGGGCGACGUUUCUCACCUUUUCGGAGCCACAAAAAGCACGUUUUCGAUCGAUAUUUCGCGAAACAAGUUUGUUUUCGAUUUCGGGAAAGUGGAGGUGCCCACGGGACUAGGGGUUUUGGACAUGAACCAUAAUGCGAUAUAUGGGGAGAUACCAAAGUCCAUAGUGGGUUUGGGAAUGUUUCAGUCGUUCAAUGCGAGUUAUAACAGGCUAUGUGGUGCUAUUCCACAAGGUGGGGAAAUGAAGAGGUUUGAUGCUUCUUCUUAUAUUCAUAACAAGUGCCUUUGUGGAUCUCCUCUGCCUGCUUGUACUUGAGGGAAUUCUUUUUCUUCUCUUUGUUUUUCUAGUUUUUUCUUGAUUUUAGGGAAAGAUUUUAUGUUUCUUUUUUCUUUUUUUACUUUUUGUGGUUUAGCUUUUUCUUUUUCUUUUUGUUUUUGGUUCUGGGUUUGAUUUUAGAAAAAGGUGGGGGAGGAGGGCUCGUAAAAGGUUGAGCGGUUUGAGCCUGUUGGUGUUUUGUUAUAGGAAUUGAUAAGUUCAUGGCAUCAAAGGAGAAAUGAAGUUUUUUAGAGUAUAA